AUGUCCUUAUUCGGUUCCUCGCCAACGGAGCCUGCACCGCUCGAGGCCAAGUCCCUCUUCGGCGACGAGCACGUCCAUGCCCCUGCUACGGCGACCUCUUCUCUCUUUGCCGACGAUGAGGGCGAAUCGCCAUGGUCAAUGCCAGCGCCCAAAAGGGCCGCCCGGCAGAACUUGGUCAAAAACCUCCUCCCAGCUACCGAUGUCCCGGAGUACUAUGUCGAUGCCUACGACCUUGUGCUCAACGCGAAUGAGAGAACCGGAGUGGGUAUAAGCCUGGGUGCGGUGGUAAAACUCCUGGAAAGCAGUAACCUGAGUGAACAAGAGCAGCACAAGAUCUUAGACUUUGUCAUCCCUGGAGGUCGGGAAAGUGUCAAUGGAGUCGGCAGAAGCGAGUUCAACGUCCUCCUCGCUCUCAUUGGGCUGGGGCAAGAGGGCGAAGACAUCACCCUUGAUGGCGUCGACGAAAGGAGGCGGAAUUUGCCGAUGCCCAAACUGAGCUAUAUCGAUCAACUGCGCGCCUUGACCCGGACACAUACGGAUUCUGCGCAAGCCGCGAAAUCUUCACCUCUGAAAGCACAAAAGAGUAGACGGGAUUCGUUCGGAGGCGAUCUUACAGCGGACCCAUGGGCCAGCCCGUCGAACAAUCGCGUGCCGCCUCCUUCGACUGCUGCUCACACGGUGCCGGCCAACGGUACAAAUGACAGCACUGUAAAGGGUCAGGAUGGCGUAGUGAGGACGACAAGUGCUUUCACUACUGGAGGGGGCCCACCGAGCAGUACCACAAGCUCUCCCCAUGAGACAUCUUCCACCAGCGCCGGUGUAGGUUGGAACAGCUAUAACGGCAGCUCCGCAGGCUUCGCGGAGCAGCCAACACUUGGUGGAGGAUUUGGUGAUCCAGGAGAUGACCAACCCAACCGCCCGAAGCACAAUUCGCAGGGUUCUAUUUCCCAAAGUAUUACGAUACCACCUGGGACAGGCGAGAGCGUCACCGUGACCAUGCUUCCUGACAAGGAAGGCAUGUUCCUCUUCCAGCAUCACAACUACGAGGUCAAAACCAUUAGAAGGGGGAGUACCGUCGUUAGGCGCUAUAGCGACUUUGUCUGGCUUCUCGACUGCUUGCACAAGAGAUAUCCCUUCAGGCGGUUGCCUCUCUUGCCUCCCAAACGAGUACAAGUUAAUGGGACGCAUCUGUCAGCCGAUGCAGCAGUCUUCCUUGAAAAGAGAAGACGCGGCCUGGUUCGAUUCGCCAACGCGCUCGUACAGCAUCCAGUCCUCAGCCAGGAAACAUUAGUGGUGAUGUUCCUGACUGUACCAACCGAACUUGCCGUGUGGCGGAAACAGGCUACAAUAUCUGUGCAGGAAGAAUUUGCUGGCAAAGCCCUGCCCCCUAUGCUUGAAGAUAGCCUUUCGCCUUCGCUUCCCGACCUGUUCGAGCAAGUUCGAGCCGGGGUAAGGCGAUCGGCCGAGAUCUACAUCAAUCUAUGUGUCUUGCUGGAGCGGUUGGUGAAGCGCAAUGAAGGACUUGCCGCAGACAACGGCAAGUUCAGUCUCGCAUUGUCUCAUCUGACCGAGGCCACGACCGAUACGUAUGCCAUUGACACAAAUGACGUCCCUCUGUUGAACGAGGGCAUCAUGUCGACCGCGAAACAUCUGGAAACCACGCAGACGUUGCUAGAGGACGAAGCCAGAUCAUGGGAUACUGGUGUUUUGGAAGACUUCAAAGCUAUCCGCGACCAUUUUGUUUCUAUGCGUGACAUGUUCGAUCGACGAGAUCGGUACGCCCGCGACAACAUUCCCCAACUGGAAAGACGGAUCGAGGCAGCAGAACACAAGCUACAACAGUUACGCCAGAAGCUACCCGGGCAGGUCAAGCCAGGAGAAAUCGAGAAGGUAGAAAACAGCAUCCUGUCGGAUAAGGAGAGUAUUGUCCAGCAACAUGCUCGUGGCGUGUUUAUCAAGGAAUGCCUGAGGGAUGAGAUUGUGACUUUUCAAUCAACUAUCUAUGCCAUCAGCCGGUUGCAUCAAGACUGGAGUCAAGAGCGAGUCAAGUAUGCAGAAUUACAGGCGAGCAAUUGGAGGAGUUUGGUGGAUCAAGUUGAGAGCAUGCCUGUGGGAGAAUGA